ACUCCGGGAAACGGUGACGCGAGGGUCCCCAUGGCCUCUGUCCCUGAUGACCCAGUUAUUAUUUGAUUUAUGUGGACUUGCAGCUGCCCUCGCUUCGACCCCAGAAAAGGCUGUGUGGGAAGUUUGUGUCUCAGAGCCGUAGCGCUGCUCUGCGGAGUGUCUGGAGCCCAGUGUGUGCUCAGAAACUGAUAAAUAGGGAAAAGGCCCAGUUUGCUCCAGCUGGACUCGGCGCGGGGAGCGGUGCUGCAGCCCAGAGGACUCCACUCUGGAAGCAAGAAACUCCCUGGAACCCCCGUUUCCUUCUUAAAAGUCUAUCACACAGCAAAGUGAAUGAAACAGUGCGGUUGGGAACAGAAUAUGGCAAAUACAUUUGUCACUGUACCUGAUGGGUAUUGUCUUCCUGAGCCCAUACAGUAUUACGAUGUUUUACCGGAGCACAUCAACUAUCAGCUGCCAGACACGGAUUUUCAGACUGCACCUUACUGUCAGUACUCAACGGUCCAGAUUCCUCCUCCCGUAUUACAGUCCCAGCCUUCCCAGUCCCAGUACAGCACCUACAGCCUGGACUCUCCCUACGGUGACGGGCAGUGUGUCAUCAGCAGCUGUGAAUUAAGCAAACCCCCCUUCGUGGCUCCCCACAUUAACGACUCCGGAUACCAAGGGCUCAAACGGCCAAGAUUAACCCACUCUUCUUUGCGAGUGAAGGGGCAGGAGGAGCUGUGUGUCGUGUGUGGGGACAAAGCCUCGGGCUACCACUACAACGCACUGACCUGCGAGGGCUGCAAAGGCUUCUUUCGACGUAGCAUAACCAAAAACGCAGUAUAUCGAUGCAAGAACGGAGGUCAUUGUGAAAUGGACAUGUACAUGAGAAGGAAGUGUCAGGAAUGUCGCCUGAAGAAGUGUAAAGCUGUGGGAAUGCUAGCAGAAUGUUUGCUGACUGAAGUACAGUGCAAGUCAAAGAGACUCAGGAAGAAUUUCAAACAGAAGAACAGUUUUCUUUGCAACCUAAAACUGGAAGAUGAGGGACUGAACAGUAAGCAUGUAUCAUCUACAACAAGAUCUGGAAAAAUCCCAGAGAAAAUGGAACUUACUCCAGGGGAACAUCAGCUUCUUGACCACAUUGUAGCAGCACACCAAAAGUACACAAUUCCCCUUGAGGAAGCAAAGUUUCUACAGGAAACUGCAAGUCCUGAGGAGAGUUUUCUCCAUCUCUCUGAGACAGCCGUUGUCCAUGUACAAGUGUUAGUGGAUUUCACUAAAAGACUUCCAGGGUUUGAAAGUUUAGCUAGUGAAGAUCAAAUCGCGCUGCUAAAAGGGUCAACAGUUGAGGCGAUGUUUUUGCGUUCAGCCCAAAUAUAUAACCAAAGAAUUAGUGAAUGCCAACCAUCAACAAGUGAAAGCCAUGUAAGACUUUCUGACCACGGGACAUGUCACAUUCAAAACCUCGACAAAACCAUUUAUUCUAUGGAAAUGUCUCAUGAUGAAGAGAGUCCAACUUCCACUACUACCACGGGUAUAACCGAGGAGUUUAUUACCGCGCUGUUUUACUUCUACAGAAGCAUGGGUGAACUCAAAGUGACCGAGGCCGAGUAUGCCCUGCUUGUGGCAACCACCGUGUUUUUUUCAGACCGGCCGCUGCUGAGGAACAGGCGGCGGGUGGAGGAGCUGCAGGAGCCGCUGCUGGGGCUGCUCUACAAACACGCCAAGAUCCAUCACCCCCGCGACCCUCAGCGCUUCGCCCGCCUGGUCGCGCGCCUGACGGAGCUGCGCAGCCUCAACCACGCCCACGCGGCGGUGCUGGUCACGUGGCGGACGCAGGACCCGCGCCUGACAGCGCUCCUCCGCCAGGUCUGGGACCUCCACCAGGCGGCGCCGUAAAACACGCACACGCGCACACGCGCGUGCGCUCGCGCUGCUGAGGGGGCCUGCUCAGCUCCGCUCCGCUCCGUCCCGUCCCGCCCCGCUCCGCUCCGCCUCGCGCAGCCCGGCGCGCGCCCCCUCACUUCGUGCCUCCGGCGCGCGCGGCCGCUUCCCGCCCUUUUGUCCUCCCUCAGCAGCAGCAGCGCGUGAGCGGGCCAGCCGUGAGGCGCUGAGGGCGGCCACGUCCUCCGACGCCAUGGAGAAAGAAAAACCCUUUAAAUUGUUCGUGCCGCCGCGCCUGAGCAGCGGCCAGGUGUCUGCGGUCAAACCCCAGGCGAGCACUCGGGCAACGGGGCAGUGUCAGGUAAAGGGCGCUGCCGCCCGCCCCGCCUUGUGCUGCUCUGGAGGCGACGGGAGGAGGGCGGGUGACGAGCGGUGGGGGGGCCCGUGGAGGGCUCGGCGGGAGCGGUGUUCCCGGUGGUCCCCAAGGGAAGCCCCGAACGGCCAGUUCUGGAAAACAUGAGGAGGCCUGUGCGCUGAACUUACUUCCCUGGAAACUGUUGAGAUUGGUGCUGCGGGGGAACACUUCAGAGACUUAUACUUUUUCUAUCAAAACCAAAGAGAAUCGUCCUCACAAGCAUCUGCUGUGUAUUUUAACUGUACAUCGCCAGUGAUAAAUACAUGUUUGGUGUGGGUAGGGAGUACAUCACUGAGAUACCCCUCCUGGCUUUGACUUAGCAGUCCCACCACAUCCAGUGUGCAGUGAACAUGUUCUGUCACUACCAUCUGAGUAACUCAGAUGUGAAUUCAACAGGAUGGUUUUUCAUGUUGAGGGGCCUUAUGAAAUGUGUUCAGGUUGAAAUGUGAUAGUCUGACAGGACGUGAGUUACACUAUUCAAAAGACAAAUUUCUGUGACUUUUAAAACACAUUGUAAAAUGAAAUUUUCAUACUAAACAAUAAUCAGAUGUGGUUUACCAGUAUUCUUGGGAAUAAAGCAAAAAAUAAGUAUCAAAAAUUCAACUUGAAAAAAACCUGGUUUUGGUUAAUGAGCCCUUUACCAUGGAACCACAUACAGGCAUGCAGUAGUUAGUAAGUUCUUGUAAUCAAAAGCUUCUGCUUUGGCCACAGGGUAGUCUAUAAGGCAAACUACAAAAGAGCAAUAGUUUGAAAAGCCACUGGGAAGUAAGAUGCAAAGUUGCAAAGCCGUUUUCAAUACCUUGGGCUUUGAAAAUUGUAGGGAGUUGAUUUAUUAAUGGAAAAUUGUAUUCUCACAUUAGCUGUACUUCUUUUUUUUUCUGGGGUUUAUAAUCCUUCUUUACAAAUCUACCCAUAAGAAAUUAAUUUUUAAAUUUGUGCAGGGUUUUAACAAAUGCCCAGAUGAUGAUUUUAAUUUGCAAUUUGUAAUGAGUACAGCGAACCGUGGUGAAAUCACUGAUUCAGGUAAGAGUAAAAUAAGCAUUUACCUUGCACACCCCUUUAAAUUUUUUAAAUAAAGUCAACAUUCUUCAUGAGUAGUUUAACAGUUUCAUAGCUAUAACAGUGCUAUAUACAGUUCCACUGUUAUUUUUUUAGAAAUUAAUUGAUCAAAAUAUCUUCAUAUUUCAGAUGCAAUUUCACAGCAACUAAAACUUGGCUCUGAGGUAGAUGAAGAGGUCAGCUAAGUAUAAAUUCUGCAUAUCUAAUUUUUUAGGGCCUCUUAAUUUGUUCCCAAAACAAAAAAGCACUAAAGCACUAUUCUAAUAGAUACUUCAGGGCUAAAGGAAGUAGUCCAAGGGGAGUAAUAAUUUUCUGUCUCCUGUUUAAAGCUGAAUUGCUCAGAGGAGGGGGUUUUUUUUUAUUUAAAGUGCUUGGGGAGUACGGCUCAGUAAAGCUUUUUUUUUGUCUCCCCAGUAGCUUCCUGUGCUUCCCAGAUACGAGAUGCUGUUUGCUGCAACAAUGGAACAUAUUUCUUCCAGUCCUUCUAAUAAUUUUUAUAUCCCUGAGGACUAAACUUCUUUUAGCCCUAGCAGCUAUUAAAGUACAGUUAGGAAUGUAAUAGUGUUACGAUGCAGCCAAAACAAGGAUAGUGUUAGGUGACAUCAUGCCUGAAACAAACUGCAGAACUGCCCUGUGGCCUACUGUACUUUAUUUGCCGACACCACUGAGCAAGUGCUGUUUGUACAGUGCUUUAAAGAUGUUCUGAGAGCAUGAGGUUGGUUGGUUUUCCUUCCUGUUUUGGGUAUGAGCAAAAACAUAUCAUGAGUAGUCUUGGAGAAGAUCUCAGAGGCUGCUUUUACUUAAUUCAGCAGUAUCUGUCAGAACAAGAGGAGGGAAAUGGUGUGAAGAAUCUAACAGAAGGAAUCUUGGCUCUACUGAUAAUUCUAGCAAAACUUUCAUCGACUUCAUGGAGCGCAGUUAUCCUUAUCUUUAAUGCUAUCUAUUUAGCAAUGUCUCUGUAUCUGAGGGCAGUGGGGUAUUUUUCACUUGUGUUUGUGUCUCUUGUUCUGUUGAUACAUACGCAAUGGAUACACAAAGAUUUAAACUGUGAUUCCUGGUCCUAAAUAAGUUUGUGUCGCCAUCUGUGAAAAAAAUUUGUGGUAUUUCUAAAAGAUAAAUAUGUAUCUAAAACAUUAUUAAUUAAAUAGCAUUUGAUAUUAAA